ACUUUCCUCAGGAAGUAGAAAUGCACUAUAGCUUUGCAUGUACAGUGCAGUGGAGUCUGUGUCUCAUAGAUGGCUUGUUUUCUGAUGACAAUAAUCUUAAGUGGAUGAUUUUUAACAUAUGGAAGUGCCUAUUCUUCUGUGCAUUCGUAUCAGCUAACGGGCUCUGCAUUGAUUGCCCAACCUAGAGGUAUAAAAAUAGCUAAUUGAUGGAUUCUUUCUUGUAUUUCAGAUCUGGCUACACUUACUCUGGGUAACAGAUGACAGAUUUAUAACUAUCCCAAGGUCAACUUUUUUUUAGCUACAUGCUGUUUUUUCAUUACAACCUCUCUGACCAAAAACUGACUUGCAAAUGGAGGAGGAAGACUUGCGCUCCUCCCUUCCUGAAGCCACAAAUUCUGUUCUUUUUGCGCCUAGCCACGAAUCACGGGCCUCUACAGAACAUCAAUACCUCAAUGGACAACCAGAUGCUGUGGCAAAGGAGCAUACGGAGCUGCUUAUAACCCAGGAAGUAGAGCCAGAGCAUAUUUAUUUCCACACAGACAACAAAGGUACUGCGGCCGAAACGGAGACUUGGGAACAAAUAAUAUGGCCAGUCUGCAACACAACACCGCUGUCCCUGGCCUCAGAGGACUGGGAUAUGCCCAGGCCGAGCUCUGGGACGCCUCCACAUGAGACGGACAAGGUUGUGGCCAAUCAACCCCACUCGGAUGCUCUAACACAGGCCCUCAGCGCGUCCUUCCCUAUUAAUUCUGAAAGUGAUCAUAGCCAUCUGUUCAAAGAGGCCGACGCCGAAGAACAAGACGAGUUUGAUUCGUGGCUGCUUCUCUGCUCCGAGGCAGAAUGGAUGGGACCCAAUUUAAAGCCAUGUGAUACGGAAAGCACAAACUCGCACAGAACACAGGAAGAGGAACACGCGACACACAAGCUCUUAGACCACAAAUUCGGUACAUCACAAGGGGAAUCUGUUGAUGCAGACUUCAUUCACAGUUGUGUAGAAAUUCAGUUUGCAGAAUUCAUAGAGGAUGAUAUCGAGCAUUUAAGGCUGGUAGAAAGUCCAGAGGAAAGUGGCGUUUUGCUGACUGGACAGGCAGAUUUAGAGGAAGAACCGGCUUUAGUAAACGGUGAUGAAAUCGCAGGAGGAGGAGAGGGGGACGAGGAGCAGCUUGUGACGGAUGAAGAGGCCACAGCUGCCAGGCGUCUGAGUGCAGCGGAAGUCGCUGCUGAGGUACUGCAACGGGAGGAAACAAACUUCAGAAUAAACACCGAUAAGCUAAUUGAUUUGCAGCAGAUUUUGGACGACUUAUCGCGGCUGGAAAAGAGCGUGACAGAACAAAGCAAUUCACUCCAGUUUUGUGAAGAGUCCGGUGAAACGGCAGUCAUGUGCAAAGACGUACGCCAACACGUGUGCAGUGAACAGGCUGAUGAAGAGGAGCAAAGUGAAGUCAGCGAAGUAACCACACCUGCAGCUGAGAGCGGCGCACAAGCAAACUCUGUAGAAGCGUUUCAUCUGCAGAAAGACUACGACUAUAUGACUGGCAGUAAUGCACAAAUAUCACAAAAUGCUGCGUCUAACCAGGUACAAGAGCAAGAUUAUCCGCCACCUACAGAUGAGAUGGAGGAUAAAAUAAACACUUCAUGUGGCCCGUCUCCCCAAGAGAUUCUCACCGAUCUCAGAGAAGCAGACAAGUCAAGAGCAAGGCACAAUGAGGUCCUUUAUGAGGUCAAAGAGGAAGAAGCUACGGAAGAAAGUGAAAACGAGCUGCAUACAGAAGGGGAAAACGUAGAGCAAAGUAAAGCGGACCAAACUGUGACCGCACACAUGAAUGGAGCAGUGGACAGAGAUGAGGCGCGGCUUUUGGCUGAGAGGCUUUUUAAGUUGGACGGCAUCCAGCGGAAACAUGUGGUCAGACACCUGGAUAAAGAUAACAGCUUCAGCCACGCCGUCGGAGAAGAAUACCUGAAAUACUUUGACUUCAACGGGCAGACCCUGGACCAGGCCCUCAGGUCCUUUCUCGGGGUGGUGGUUCUCAUCGGGGAGAGCCAGGAGAGGGAGCGGGUGCUGCAGCAUUUUUCCAGACGCUACCAUGAGUGUAACCAAGGCUGUUUCUCGUCUUCAGAGUCUGUAUUGGCUCUCACGUGUGCUAUGAUGCUUCUCAACACUGACUUGCACGGACAGCAUGUAGGAAAAUCCAUGUCCUCCUCCAAAUUUGUGUCCAACCUUGACGGCAUGAAUGAAGGAGAAAACUUCAACAAGGAUCUUUUGAAAAGUCUUUACAGUUCCAUAAAGGCCGAGCCGCUACAGUGGGCUUUAGAUGAGGAGGAGUUAAGCUCUGUGCUGCUGGAAGAAGACGCCGGAGAAGUAGGGACGAUUCGUUCCAAAAACAAUCCUUUCCUCGAUGUCCCGUAUGACAAAAGUGCAGUAGUUAUCAAACAGGGAUUUCUCCAAAGGAAGAUUCACGCUGAUGUGGACGGCAAACGCACUCCGUGGGGAAAAAGAGGCUGGAAGAUUUUUAAUGCUAUGCUGCGUGGAAUGGUUCUUUACUUUCAAAAGGACGAUUACAGAAGGGAGCCGCAGAUCAGCGAGGAGGUAGUGAGCGUGCAUCACUCUCUGGCUGAAGAGGCAGCAGAAUACACCAAAAGGCCACACGUGUUUCGUUUGCAGACCGCCGACUGGAGGGUGUUUCUGUUUCAAGCUUCAUCCAAAGCGGAAAUGGCGUCUUGGAUUAACCGCAUUAACCUGGUGUCGGCUCUUUACUCGUCGCCUCCUUUUCCUGCUGCUGUGGGCUCCCAAAGGAGAUUCUGUCGACCUAUUCUUCCCGCCUCGCAGUCUGCAAACACCCUGGACCGUCAGUUGCAGUCUCAUGUGGGAAUGCUGGAAUCCUUCAAAGCGGACCUGUCUUAUCUCCAUGAAAAUCCACCAGAGGGCAGAAGAGCCAAAGCCAAGGAGCUGGAAGAGCAUCGUUUGAGAGCGGAGUACCUGCAGCAUGAGAUUUGUCGAUAUGAAGCCUACAUUCAAGUGCUGGAGGUCUGGAGGAGCGUGAAUACUUCAGACGACAGCACAAUAAACAGCGCAGACCUGAGCCACUUUGACAGAAACCUUUGCGCGGAGGUUUCGGACGAGGACGACGAAGGAGGGCUGAAGAAAUCCCACUCCAGUCCGUCUCUGGAGCUGGACGUCUCCGCUCCCCCCGUGGUCAAAGUCAAACGGAACAUUUCAGAACGCCGAACGUAUCGCAAGACCGUCGUUACCAAAUGGAGCAAAGAGGAUUAAAGUGUUACGCAGAGGAAAACUUCAUGCUGAUUUAUAAUAUAGAAAUUUCUAGAGGCACUGAGUAACCUACCACCAAAGUCUUAUUUAAAAUCUUUAUGUUAUGCACUUUUAAUGAAGCAUCCUCAGGGGAUCUGUUACAAAGUCUUUAGAUUAUUAUAGAAAACAAUUUUAUUUUUGUGAAUUCAUGUUUCUGGACCUAUAAUUUAUUUUGCUUUUUAGCAGUUUUCCACAUGGUACAAACUGGGACAUGUGACGAGUCAACAGAGGGCGCUGUUGUACAGAAGUAAGAGCUGUCAGGUACUUUCCAAGUCAAUUGCACUUUUUUGUUUCAUGAUAAUUUGUCCAGUGUGAUAUGUUGUGAUAGUCACUUUUUAAUGAAGGAUUUAUUUUCAAUGUCUGUCUUCCAAUGUUAUUUUCAUUUUUGUAUAAAAUAAAAUAUCGCCUGAUAAC